AUGGCGGAUUCCUGCGUGGUAGCUCCUUUCUCAAAUAAAGCAUCUCUUUGGCGCACGACCCCUCUUCUGACGUCAUUUGCCCCGCCUCUUAGAGUCGCUCGCCUUCUGCCAUUGGCUACGCGGCGGCUUCUGCGGAGCUCCUGAGUGGAUGUUUGCGGUGGCGGCAGCCGGACUAUCGCCUCUUCCCUCUUCCCCCUCCCCCACCUCCUCGCCCCACAUUCUAUUGUUCCUAUGGUUACGCGAGUUCGCCCCCGCCUUCGCGCUCUGAGCCUGGGCCCGCUUCGCUUGAGAUCCGGACGCGCAGUGGCGCCUCGACGGCGGGGAUGGAAGGCGGAGGCGCCGGCAGCGCGGGAGACCCGAGUCCGGCCUCCGCGAACAUGUUCUCCCUGACGGGCCUCGGCGCCGCCUUGCGGGCCGUUCCCGAGGCGCCGGAUCCCGCCUCGCUGCACUACCUGCAGCUGCCGUGGCAGUGCGAGCACCGCGUGUGCAAGCUCGUCGGCCGCCGCCGCAAGGCCGCCCGGCUGCACCGCAAGGUGGGGCCUACCGGCAAGGAGAUCCACGGUGAGGGGCUGGGCGCGGAAGGGGGCUGUCCCCGUCCGCCUUGUCGGCGCGCCGCGCGAGGGAACCUCCAGGCCGCCGCCGGGCCUGUGCUGGGAAAGAUUUGUCCAGGAGAUUGGGGGGGACGGUGGUAGCCCAGAGUGGCUGGGGCAACUCAGUCAGAUGGGCAGGGUAUAAAUAAUAAAUUUAAUAUUAUUACUAUUUAUUAUUGGUAGCCUAGAGUGGCUGGGGCAACCCAGUCAGAUGGGCGGGGUAUAAAUAAUAAACUUUUUUUUAACUAUUGCACGACUAACAAGCCCAACCUGUGGCAUGCAUUACUGGGAGGAAAUCCUAAUGGGUUCAGCAGGGCUUGCACCCAUGCAAAUAUGCAUUAGGGGAGUGUAACUUCAGUGGGGAUUCUUGGGCAGCUGUGCCCCAAUAAACACGCACAGAGUUGGGCUUCCAUCCCAAAUGUGCUUUCUAGGAAGUGAGGCCUGUUGUGCACUGAAUAAACAGCCACAGGACUGGGCUUUCAUGCUAGGUCACAUGGUCAGGUAUUUCAGCUACACUGCCUGGAAGUUGUGAUCCACUGUGCUUCAGCUCUUAUGUUGCUCUAUUGAAGACCCACUGUAGUGUAGCGACCAAAGUGUGCUUAUGGGGCACAAAGUACCAUGCUGAGCUCCCCAGAAAAAGGGUGGGAUGCAAUAGUGACACACAAAUCUGAAUUAACUAUAGUGGCUUGGUUUUAUAGUAACUGGAACCUUCAUUUUACCUGUUUUACCUAUUGAAGGUUUGGGGCAUGUUGUUGUCUUGAUUGGGAGUAGAAAGGGUAUCUGAAGUUUAAUUGAUCUGUUUUGAAUAAUUCUGAGUAUGCAAGAGCAAGACUAUUAAGCAUGCUUAUGCAGUGGAAAGACCACUGGAGCUUGCUCCUGGGUAAGUGUGCAUAGGACUGCAGCCCAAGUGAAGUCAGUUUUGGCUUUGCAGAACCUGGAGAAAUAGCAAGCAAAAGAGAAGGGGGAAAGAUACUCCCUUCUGGGUCACUGCAUGGGAAGAAAAGAGAUGGGAAUACCCUGUCGAGUCACACUUGUCUCUUUAUACAAAUACAGCAUCACUUGAAGAGUUUCUUCAGAGUGCACUUGUAUGAGAGGGUGCAAAAUGAGGAAGUGAUUUGAGAGAGAAAACAGUUUGCAGGUAGACUGGCUACAUGAAUGCAGCCAGGCUGUGGGUAAAUUUACACUCCCAUGUACAAGAUGGGGCAGUGCAAAACCUUCAAAAUCUUUUGUAAAACUUUACAAAAUAAUGAGACUAUCAGAUAGGGUGGGGGAGGCCUUGCUGCUGUUUGCACCUGUAGUUUUUUUUCCUUAACAGAUGAGCGCUCUUGCACAGGAGUUAUAUGGUGGGGAAGCAGAUGGCCUUCUAGAUAUUUUUUAAAGGAGUGCAUAUGAAAGUAGAAGAGUGUUGAAAUGCAGGAAAUACCCAGUUUAGUGUCAAUGGGAAUUGAACAAGCACCUUCUGCAUGGCAGUCACAAUGAAUAUUAGCUAGACAAAAACUGUAUUUAGCUGGGUGAAAUAAAUUGCAUUAUGUAAAAAUCUUAAAUGCAGACAUAAAUUAGAAAUAUUAUUUGUAUAAUCAGUCCUAACUUUUAUCAUGCAUAUAACAUAGCAUUAUGUUAAGUUCUUACCCUUAAACAAUUACAAAUGCCAUUCCAUUCUUUGUAGUUUCUUCUUUGUUUCUAAUAUUAUAUAAAAUUAUACUACAAAUCCAAAGCCCUCUCUAGGUUUUCUUAUAAUUUAAUUUGGUCAUCGGCACCAUGCUCAGUAAGUUUUUAUUCCAUUCAUCUAAUAAUGGAGAUUGCUGACUUUUCCAGUUUUUCUGACAUUUCCAGUUUCCCCCCUUCAGUAUCAGAGCAGUUAAUUAACAUAGUUCCUGCUAACUUUCAAAGGUUGUAUCCCAUAAAAUAAGUUCAGCCUUGUGAAAAGGUAUGGCUUGUGUACAGGAAACGAGAAAUGAAUAAGCAUCUGUUUUGCAAAACCUGAAUUAUUGAAUUAUUAUUUUUUAGAACAAGCCUAGGAGUCAGGAAUUAAGCAGUUCUUCUUGUCCUAUUUGCUUUCCAAAAAACUCACCCUCUCUUUUUCCACAGCUUUGAAACGCUUGAGAGAAGCUGCCAAUUCUAAUGAUUUAGAAACAGGUACGGUUACAUGAUUUGGGCCCUAGUGUAUAUCUUUGUGUGUGGUUGUCUUCUACAUCAGUUCUGGUGAUGUGUAUCUUGUAAGCUAGAAAUGUGGCCAGCAAGAAUGUGGUUUCCUGCAUGGUAAGGAGAAUGCUUUGAACUGUGGAUUUCGGUGGUUUCAAAAUCCCCUUGGAAGGAACAUCUUUAAAAGACUCUUGUCAAUAGAUUGAAGGAAAUUAGUGGACUGAGGAAGUAUCUAGUGACCAAGCUAUAAGCUUCACUUAUUUAAAGCAUUUUUACCCACUCUUCAGCUGUCAAAUGCCUUCAGAGUAGCUUACAACAGUCCCUCCUAAGGAGGCCAGUGCCCUCAAGCCAGAAUCCAUUGUGCACCUUACAAGGCCUGCCUCCUCAUUUUGGCCAUGCCCACCUGCCAAAUCUGACAUCAUGUGUGGGCAGAUGAAAGGGGUUUGCAGGCAAAACCUCAUGCAAAGGGCUUCAAAAGACUUGGCUCUUUGGCAAAUCCUGUAAAGUGCUUGAAAGGCACUUUGUGAAAUAUGCAUUUGCCCUGCCCAGCUAUCAGAUUUGGCUCAAGGGGACUUAGUUGGGGCGGCGGUGAAUAACAAUCUAGCCCACCAGCUAGAUCUAGUUCCACAGCCCGGACACAGAAGUUGGAAUUUGAAUGAUGAAUCACCAGCAGAACAGCUCUCUGACUGCUGUCUUGUCUUCCUUGGUGGCACCAGUGCAGCAGCUUCUGGAAGAUGGGGUGGACCCCUGUGCAGCUGACGACAAAGGUCGAACGGCCCUGCACUUUGCUUCCUGCAAUGGAAAUGACAGUAUUGGUGAGUCACAUUGAAAUGAGGUGGGCCUGUCAGCUUCUGGCCCCAUUUCUCCAGGAUAGAUUGCUAAUCAUUUUCUUUCUAUCUUUAAAAGCUGAGCUUCAGAAAACAAAAAAAAAACCCAUAUCCUUUUUGCAAGCAUCCCACCCAGCUUGUGCAAGGAGACUGAGGAGUGAUGUUAUGCACACUGAUAAAAUUUUGGAAUAUUCUUCCUAAAAUAUUGUGUCACGCAAGAUUGUCAGAAUAUUUCUGAAGAACUUCAAGAGGAGCUGAAGUUUUGUGUCAUGAGUCCUGAAAUGUUUAGUUAAAAGAAUCUUAGAAAGCAGGAAUAGGAAGGAACUUUGAAAGCGCCAGAAGCUCCUUCCAAGGAAGAAUGGCACAUUGGUGCAUAUGAUGGCUUCUUAAUACUCUGUGUGCAAACUUAAAAGAGUUUCAGGGGACAUAAAAUAGGCAUUUUACUACAGGAGAUCCUAGUUCCUGUGGAGCACUUUGUGAGGGAUGGAUUUGGGGAGAUUCAGGCAAGGGUACUUUUGCCAUAAGAGAUACGAUUGCUCCCCUUCUUGUUAUCAUUUAGAAGGGCUCUAAAAACGUUCUUCUUAAUGUCUGCUUUUAGUGAGCAUAUAUAAGAGCUAGGGGGCUCUUGGUUUUUUAUGGAUGGCUGAUGGAAUUGAAGUAGAAGUAGUAUUGAUAUUUGUAAGUCAGUCCAAGAGCCUUUUUGGCUAAAGGGUGGGGUUUAAAUGCAAGAAACCAAUCAUUAAAAAGUGAAAUGUUUUACUGCUACUAUGAUUAGAGCAUUGCUUUAUGUUAUAUGUGCUUUUAAAAUUUGAAUGGUAACAUUUGUAACAUUAAUGAGUCGGCUCUGUUGAAUAGCCAGUCUUACCGAUUGUAGAGGUAAAUAGUUCAGAUCUGGUGGGUUUUCUUUGCCCAUCAUGUUCAAGACACACUUAGGAUGGGUCUGUUUGUGUUUUAGUGCACUUGCUUUUGGACCAUGGAGCCAACCCAAACCAGCGAGAUGGGCUGGGGAACACCCCCUUGCAUUUGGGUAAGCGUCUCUCACACCCACCGGACUGCAGCAAUGUUGUCACAGUUGGCCUUACCUUUGACCUGCCUAUUUCUUUCCUUUAUAUCUUCUUUCCUUCCUUUGCCUCACAGUAGCAACUUGUGUGAUUAAGUAUAUUUGGAUUUUCUUCAGCACUACAAGGAGAGAGUUAGAAGAAGCUGUUCUGCCUUAGGGAGUUUGAAGCCAAACUGAGGCUAGAUUUGUAUACCGCCCUAUAUCCAUGGAUCUCGGGGCGGUUCGCAACACAAAAUGACAAUAUAAAAAACACAAAACACAUUAGGAGGAACUGAAAGUAAAUGCAGGUGAAGAGUUUCUCCUGGCUGUGCAGGAGGACGAAAGAUGUGUGCAUGAGGUUUUGCUCUGAAUUGUUCCGGCUUCUGGGUGUAGCACUAAAAGCCAUGGUUUAGGUUACAUGCCAAUGGGGACAUUAUCUCUAGAAUCCUUAUCUCCAUACUGUUGAAAGUGAUUGCUGAGGCUGAGGCAGUAUUGGCUUGUUUAAGGCCGCCUAGGGAUUCAAAGUUGAGAUAUUGAGGAUUUCUUGGCACCUUUGUGAGAGUGCCAUGUGCCAACCAUUACCCCAUUAAGCAGAGUCUGUCCCCCACCAAGUUACUGUAACUACUUAGUUGUGUGUCUCGUGUUUUCCCUCCCCAGCUGCCUGCACGAACCAUGUACCCAUCAUCACCACACUGCUUCGUGGAGGUAAUGCCAAUUAGAAAGCUGCCUUCUCUGUUUAUAGAUAUCCGGAGGGGGCAAUCUUCAUCCUUAAAACACCCUUUCUUCUUCUGCAUGUGCAUCUUCCAGGAGCUCGAGUGGACGCCUUAGAUCGAGCUGGACGGACCCCUCUGCACUUGGCCAAGUCGAAGCUGAACAUCUUGCAGGAGGGCCUCUCACAGAGUCUGGAAGCUGUGUGCCUGGAAGUAAAGCAGGUGAUAAGGAUAAGGAGAAUGGGUGGGCAAGAAAUCUAAUACAUAAUAUAGUAUAAUAGAGCCUGGUUGCAAAAUGUUUAUCUUCUGUGCAUAGAAGUUUCUUAUGGAACUUUUUCCAUAAAAGCCAUUUUCCCUCCAGGAACCCUUGAGGAAAACAGGCUCCUGCCAUGCGCUUCUCAGAUUUAAUAUGCAUAUAAAAUAGGGGGAAAGUCCAAUCUUAAUACAGUGGUGCCCCGCAAGACGAAUGCCUCGCAAGACGGAAAACUCGCUAGACGAAAGAGUUUUCCCUUUUGGAGGUGCUUCGCAAAACGAAUCUCCUAUGGGCUUGCUUCGCAAGACGAAAAUGUAUUGCGAGUUCCUGCGGGUUUUUUUUCCUCCCCCCCCCCUUUUUCUAAGCCGAUAAGCCGCUAAAAGCCGCUAAUAGCGCUAAUCCACUAAUCCGUCAAUGGGCUUGCUUCGCAAGACGAAAAAACAGCUAGACGAAGAGACUCACAGAACGGAUUCUUUUCAUCUUGCGAGGCACCACUGUAGUAGCAAAGCAGUCUGCAGAUCUGAAAAGUAUAUUUAGUUUGUUUCUGUGCCAGUGGAAAAGCCAUGGUGUUUGCCCCCAUUUAGUUCUCAUUUGUUCUGUUUUAUUUAUUUCAAAUGUGCUUCCAUUUUAUUUCAGAAUUCAUCAAAACCUAUAGCAGAAUUACAGUACUUAAAUUUUGACCUGGUACUUAGAAGUGUGAACCCUCUCCAUUGCUCAUAGUAAAUCCCAUCUCUCCUAUGCUGCUUGUUUCAGAUCAUCCAGAUGUUGCGGGAAUACCUUGAACGCCUCGGGCGCCAUGAACAUCGGGAACAGCUGGAUGAUCUUUGCUCCAGGCUACAGAAGACUAGUACAAAAGAGCAGGUAAAUGAAUGACAGGGGGAUUUUGUAUAUUUAAUUAAAAUCUGACUUAACCGAGUUUAAAUAUAUUUCUGUGUUGCAAAAUGACAGUGCCUUUUUGAGACUCCUGAAGGGUAGAGAAAAAUAUAUUUAUUAAAUGAUACACAUUAGUUACAAGACAUUGUGGGGGGGAAAGCUUUAGUUUAAUAAUACUUUGUCAAAUUGGUGACAGUACAUUACUUUCUGUUAUUAGAAACAUAAGGAUGAAAAGUUCAAGACCCAUCAGUACAGUUGGAGAAGUUUAAAUUUUAAAGGCUAUCCUGAUUUCAACAGAGCAUUGCCCACUCCACUUGCACGUGGUUCUUCUUGCUAGAAGCAAUGUCGCAAUAGCUUUGCUGUGAAAAUAAAAUUAUUUAGUAGCUGUGGCUCCACUUAGAAGGAAAAGCCAUUGUCCUGAUUUCUUUUCCAUCAAAUCUGGUACAGGAGGAAGCUUGUGCAACUCUGCUUCUGCAUGGCAGCAGAUCCUUUUAACAGUCCCAAGUCUCACUGUCAGCCCUCAUGCAUCGGGGACCAAAUUUUAAACUGUGGCUUUUGUUGAUGAAUUGCACCAUUUUCAAAGCUUGCAAUGGUCAUUGUUGAAAAAUGAUUAUUGUUGAAAAAUGAUUAUUGUUGAAAAAUGAUUAUUGUUAAAAAAAAUUUCUCUUUUCCUGACCAUACCCAUUCUUCAAGGUCUCUUACUUUUGUAGACGUACUUCUCUUUACUCUCUGUCCUUCAGUAGCAGAAAUUUCUCUGGCUCAACAGGACAAUACCAAGUCCCAGUCUUCGUGAAUUAAUGAAUUCUGUCACCUCACAAAUUUCAUUUCCUUCAUCAUAUUCUUAUUUGACUUCUGUAACAUGUUCUUAUGCUUUUUUCCUCCCCUCUGGAAGGUGGAUGAGGUUACUGACCUCCUGGCCAGCUUCACCUCCCUCAGCUUGCAGAAGCAGAAGAUCGAGAAGAGGUAA